AUCUUAUUCAUCAUCACUUGCAAAAGAAACCCUUAAGUGCAACAAAACAUUAGGUUAUCUUUCAAGCUAGUUACAAGUUACAAACUUAAAACUUUCUCAUAUAUCCAUGGCACCACCACAUGGAGAAGCAAUUCUUUCAUCCUUACCUAUGCCACCAACCAAAACCUUCUCAAAACCACCAAAACUCUCUAAUGAUAACCUUAAAAGGACGGUCUCAGACAUUGCUUUCGAGUUAAGCAAAGAGAUCGAAAGAGAAAUAGAAGAACCGAAACCUCUACCAGCUAUCUCUGAAGCAGAAGAUGCAAAGUGUGAGUGUUGUGGGAUGAGUGAAGAGUACACACCAGAGUACAUAAAGCGUGUACGGGACAAAUUCUUAGGAAAUUGGAUAUGUGGUUUAUGUUCUGAAGCUGUGAAAGAAGAAAUGGAGAAAAAUGGUGGGAAAUGCAAGGAAGCCCUAGAUACUCACAUGAGCCAUUGUGUGAGAUUCAAUAAACUUGGUAGGGCUUAUCCUGUGUUAUGUCAAGCUCAAGCCAUGAGAGAAAUUUUGAAGAAAAACUCUAGGGUUAGAGCCAAAUCUAUGAGCCCUAGAGAUAUUAAAGGUCCUAAGAAAGGUUCUAUCACUAGGAGCUCAAGUUGCAUGCCUUCCAUGAUGAAUCAUCUUAGUCUUGACAACUAAUUAAUUCAUUAAUACCAUAUUGCCAUGCAUGUUUAAUGUUUUUGGCUUUGGUUAGAAUGAUAUUAACUUCUAAGAUGGUUUUUUUUAUGGUUGACAUCAAAUUCAUUGUUUUAACACCUCCUUUUUUUUAACUUCUAAGGAGUUUUUUUUUUUCUUAAGUUAAUUAGUAUAAGAUAUACUAAUGAUCCCACUUAGAUGUUCUACACAUACACCCAUUUUUAGGGUUUUUUAAGUGGGUUUUUAAUAGCAUAUCUUAUAUAUGUUGAUGAGAACCAUUAUAAACUUUGCUUGUAAUCUUUUUUUUUUUUUUUAUGUAACAAGACUUUUCUUGAUGUUGUUAGAUGCCAUUAUUGGAGGUGCCAACUUUGGCUUUUCCUUUCGGCCAAACCGGAAGUCUUUAUCUUGUAUUAUGCAUAAUAUAUAUGAGAAAACUAAUAUAAAUAUUUUAUCUUAA